AUGAUGCAUGGAGCUCUUCCAAAUCAACAUGAGCAAAGGAAACGCCUCCAGACUGAAAUGGUUCUGCUAACUGCACUUGUGUGUCUGGCCAUUUGGCUACCUCAGUCUGUUGGACAGGGUCCAGCUCCAGCAAAUACUGCUAUGUCUACUGACUUCCCAGAAAUACAAAGAGAGAUCACCGACAAGCACAAUGAACUUAGGAGAUCAGUAAAUCCAAUGGCUGGCAACAUGCUGAAGAUGGCCUGGAGUGCUGAAGCUGCAAAGAAUGCAAAAAGUUGGGCAGAUCAAUGUACUUAUUUCCAUAGUCCCGAAUCCAGAAGAAAAGUCAGAAAUAUCACCUGUGGUGAAAAUCUCUGUACUUCAAGUUUUCCCGUAUCAUGGUCAACAGUACUCCAGUGGUGGUUCAAUGAGAAAGAUAAUUUCAUAUUUAAUAUUGGACCAACAUCAUCAAAUGUAGAGGUUGGACACUAUACUCAGAUGGCUUGGUAUAAAUCUUUUGAGAUUGGAUGUGCAGCUGCUUUCUGUGCAAACACGUACUAUUAUGUUUGCCAUUACUGCCCUGCGGGAAAUAUGAAAGGAGCGAUUUACACACCUUACAAAAUAGGAGACCCAUGUAGUGACUGUCCUGAUGCUUGUGACAACGGACUGUGCAAGAUGAUUCUGCUCGCUGCAUUCCUGGGUCUGGCAGCUAUGCUGCAGCGAACCGUCGGAGAGGAAGCACAAGAGACACCUGAUUUUGCUGCCCUGUCUACUGACAAUGAAGAUCAACAAAGGGAAAUUGUUGACAAGCACAAUGCCCUAAGGAGAGAAGUGAAGCCAACUGCUGGCAACAUGCUGAAGAUGGAAUGGAGCACCAAAGCUGCAGAGAAUGCCAAGAUUUGGGCAAAUGAGUGUACUUUAUCCCACAGUCCCCCAAACAGGAGGAAAACCACUCUGAGCUGUGGAGAAAAUCUCUUGAUGUCCGUUGCACCUCAUCCAUGGUCGAUUGUCAUUCAAAGUUGGUACAAUGAGGUGGAAAAUUUCAAGCAUGGCAUUGGGUUAACCAAACCAGGAGAAGACACUGGCCAUUUUACUCAGGUUGUAUGGUACAGUUCUUACGAGGUUGGAUGUGCAGUUGCUUAUUGUCCUGAAAAAUAUUUCAAGUACUAUUACGUUUGCCAGUACUGCCCUCAGGGGAACAAUACACCCAAUUUUGCUGCUCUGUCAAUUGACAAUGAAGAUCAACAAAAAGAGAUUGUUGAGAAGCACAAUGUCCUAAGGAGAGGGGUGAAGCCAAUUGCUGGCAACAUACUAAGGAUGAGGUGCUGGAAGACAUUUUCUAUCUGCCCAGAAAGAACAGAAAUGAUUCUGCUAACUGCAUUCUUGUGCCUGGCUGCUGUGCUGCAGCAAACCACCGGACAGAUUUCAAAUGUAGCUUCUCUGUCAACUGACAAUGCGGUUCAACAAAAGGAGAUUGUUGACAAGCACAAUGCCCUAAGGAGAGCGGUUAAGCCGACCGCUCGCAACAUGCUGAGGAUGGAAUGGAGUCAUGCAGCUGCCAAGAAUGCCAAGCGUUGGGCAAAUGAAUGCACUUUAUCCCACAGUCCCCCAGCUGAGCGAUCAACUAGUACGGGCUGUGGUGAAAAUCUCUACAUGUCAACUAAACCCCAUUCCUGGUCAGAUGCAAUUCAAUCCUGGUACAGUGAGGUGGAAAAUUUUGUGUAUGGCACUGGGCCAACCACACCAGAUGCAGUGAUUGGCCAUUAUACUCAGGUGGUUUGGUACACAUCUUACCAGGUUGGAUGUGCAAUUGCCGUUUGUCUUGAGAGUGAAUUCAACUACUAUUAUGUUUGCCAUUACUGCCCAGCGGGGAAUUACAGAAAGUUAAUGAAGACACCUUACAAAGCAGGGCCAGCAUGUGGAGAUUGCCCUAAAGCUUGUGACAAUGGACUAUGUACCAAUCCUUGUAACUAUGUGGAUGUGUUCUCAAACUGUCCUGCUUUAAAAAGCUUCUUUGGAUGUUCACACCCCCUGGUCAAGAAAAAAUGUCCUGCCUCCUGCCUUUGCACCACUGAAAUAAAGUAACAGCCUCUGAUUCCUCCCAUCAUGGAACUUCUUCAGUUUAAGGACAGCACCUUUUAGAAAAUUAAGGUCACAUCUUGCUGCCCUUAUUUAGGAAGUCCUGCUGACUGCAAUGGGAUUACUCAUCUGAGUAAAGGCUGUUGGAUCUGGCCUUUCACCUCACAUUUUAUCCUGGUUUAAUUCUUUCUUUUAAAAUGUAGUAGAUUUUUUUUCUUCUGGGCCUGACAUUCAGCAUUUCACAUGCUAGACUUGUACAACAUUUAAUGACUGAGAUUUCUUAUCGAUCAAUAUCAACUUCAUCCUUUACAAAAAAAAAAAAAAAAAAAAAA